AUGGCAGACAUCGCCGGCUACCACACUGACGCCAAGCUGGGCCAGGACCUCCACUCCAACAAGCGUAAGCGCGACACGCGCGACCAGGGCAUGAACAGACCGGCCCCAAACAUGGGCAACACGGACCUGACCGACCAGGACACGGCUUUCCAUCUUGCCGCACACAACGCUGGGACGAAUGAGGACAUGCAGCAGUUCGACAUGCAUCAGAACGGCGGCGGCAACACGUCGAGCGUGGGCGACACGGCUGCUGCUGCGUUGGCUUACCAUCAGAUGACGGUACCUCAGGCGACAGAGCUGCAGUUCCAAACACAAGGCACGGGCGGCGAUGGGACCUUCAGCAUGAGCGAUCACCAGCAGCAGACUAGCAUGCAAGACUUCAGCCUCGAAGCGUUGAAAGCCGCGACGCAGACGGGCCGUCCUGGGCAGCCGGCCAACAGCGAUUCACCGCCACAGAGCGCGUCCCACAAGCCGCCCGUCGGUUCUGACGAGUGGCAUAAGGUGCGAAGAGACAACCACAAGGAAGUGGAACGUCGGCGUCGCGAGACGAUCAACGAAGGCAUCAACGAGCUCGCCAAGAUAGUUCCGGGAUGCGAGAAGAACAAGGGCUCGAUCCUGCAGCGAGCGGUGCAGUUCAUCACGCAGCUGAAGGAGAAUGAGCAGCAGAACAUUGAGAAGUGGACGCUGGAAAAGCUGCUGACGGAGCAAGCGAUUACGGAGCUCAGCGCCAGCUGCGACAAGUUCAAGGGCGAGUGUCAACGGGCGUGGGACGAAGCGCAGAUUUACAAGCGGGCGUGUGAGAACGCGGGCAUCGUGCCGGAGGAGAUCAAGGAGCGAGAAAACAACGGUGAGGCGACGGGCCCCAGCUGA